AAUAUGGCGGCUCCCUUGACACCGAUUGUUCGUUGGGCACAAACUAAAGAGCGGUUAUUUCUAACUGUAGAACUCUCUGAUGUCCAGUACCCGUCCAUCGAUUUGACAGAAGACCGCCUGAUCUUCAAAGCUUAUGGUCAUGGAGCCAGAGGAGAGAAUCAAUACCAMUUGCAAGUCAACUUCCUGGAGCCUAUUGAUCCACAGGAAAGCAGCCAUUCACUUCUGGAAAGAUAUGUAGACUUCAGUAUAAGAAAGUGCAAAGGAAGAGAGUUUUUCUGGCAACGUUUGGUUGAUAAAGAGAGGAGACCACACUGGCUUAAAAUCGACUUUGAUAAAUGGAAAAAUGAAGAUGACACAGAAGAAGAAGACAAAAAUCAAGAAGAAGAAGAGGACCCACAGAUUAAGAAAAUAUUGUUUGAGCAAAGAUUYAAAAGAGAUUAUGAUGCACAUAUCGAUAAAGCAAAGCAAGAUGUGCUAAGAUUCCUAAAAACAUUUUAUCUUGUGAUAUUCAACUCAAUGCAAGGCCUAUUGUUUGGUUAUAUUGUAUUCAAAAUGUUGUCAAGAUUAGCUCUCCAUGGUUUAGAAUCAAUCCCAGGCACCUAUGAUGCARUUAGUGACGUCUUAGCAACAUGUCAGUUAGCUGCUAUAAUGGAGAUUAUCCACCCAGCUAGUGGCUUGGUUAGAACUAGUGUUUUAACUCCAUGUAUGCAGGUUGCUGGGAGAAAUCUUUUGCUAUUUUUAGUGCUUGUCCCCAAUGAAGAACUUCAUAGGGAGCCUGUUGUAUUUGUGUUGUUUUUGGCRUGGUCUCUGAUUGAAGUUAUAAGGUACCCAUUCUAUAUAGCUCAAACACUUAAUGUCCCUAUUGAGCCUCUGAUAUGGUUGAGAUAUUCAGCAUGGAUCCCACUCUAUCCUGUGGGGAUAGUCUCUGAAGCAACACUUGUAUGGAAAGCUAUACCACUAAUGGAGAAGUCCCAGAGGUUCUCAUUCUUCUUACCAAAUGCUUUUAACUUUAGCUUCAGUUUUUCAUUAUAUCUCAAAUUUCACCUUGUUUUAAUGAUCUAUGGGGGAUUGUACUUGAUGUCAUACAUGUACUCUUUAAGGAAAAGAAGAUAUGGAAAGAAGAAAAAAACGGCUUAAUAAAGACGGUCUUAGUGUAUAGGUAAYAACAGCAAUGGCUAGCUGGUAAAAUAGACUGACAGGUCUUGCACUACAUURUAGCGUCCUCCCCAGGCAACUCUUUUCUGGCUUUCUUUGUAACGGUCAUAUAAAAAACAAAAACAACAAAAACAACAACAACAAACAAAAAAGCAAAAACAGACCGCGACUCUUAGUGAUGACUGUGGAGGAGGCUAGUCUGAAUAAUAAUAUCAGAAUAAUAUUAAAAUAUUUGAGCGGGAAACAAAUGUACUGCCUUCGUUUAAUCAACCAAAUCAAGUGUUACUGGCCGUUUAUUUGAACUCAAUAAGCUUCUUUUAGUAAAGAUCUGUGAUGUGGUUCUGUCACAAAUAAAGAUUCACUCCUGAUCA